AUGUCAUCCCAAUCAGCCACCACCACUACCACGAGAGCCGGUAGCCAGCAACAGCCAACCCCUGCCCCACGCCCGACCAUCCUCUGCUUCCACGGCGCGGGCACCAACGGCCUCAUCUUCCGGUUGCAGGCGCGCGGGAUCGUGCGCUCCCUCGCUCCCCACUUCCACUUCGAGUUCCUGGACGCCCCCUUCGAAGCGGCGUGCCCGGGUCCCGGCGUCGGCCCCGUGUUUCAGGACCUAGCGCCUUUCCGUCGGUGGCACUGCGACGGCAGCGCCGUUGACCAGUUCGAUCUCGCCGGCGCGGAGGUCGUCCGGGAGCGCCGCGUCGUGCGGCGGUUGGUGCGGGAUGCGCUGAGGCCUCCCCCGCCACAGCGGGAGGAGCAGGAGAAGGGGCAGGAAGGGGAGAGGCUGGGGUAUACGCCGAAAAGCGAAAGCGGGCCGGGAGUAGCAGCAGCAGGAGGAAGGGGGAGGGUCGUCGGCGUGCUGGGAUUCAGUCAGGGGACGCGGGUCGCGACGGGGGUGUGUCUAGAUGCCGAGCUGGGAGCCUCGGUGCAAUUUGCUGUUCUCAUCGCGGGGACGUGUCCGGCUUUGAUGCUUACGGAUUAUGCUGAUGCUGGUGGUGAUGACGGUGGUGAUGGGUGCCCCGCGGGCUGCAGCGCAGACUCUCCCAUUUCCCCCUCCCCCUCCUCCCCUUCCGCCUCCUCUUCUACCUCCGAGUUGACCGAGGAGGUCGAUAGCCCCAAGGAUUGCAUCGCAAUCCCUUCCGUCCACGUGCAGGGCCUGCGGGACCCUUGGCUCGCCGACAGCAAGCGACUCUUGCGCACUUGCUAUAAGGCUGAGCGGGCGGUAGUAGUAGAGUUUGCCGGGGCGCAUCAGGUUCCUACAGCGCUUGGGGAUGUGGAGCGGGUCGCGGCGGCGGUCUUGGAGGUGUGGAAGUCGGCGCAGCGAAGCGAAAUGCAAUAG